AUGCCGAACAAUAGUAUGAAGGACGGUGAAACUGCAUCCGACGGCCAGUCUACUAGUACUGGGAUACCACAACGUGCACCUGUGGGUGAACAACAGAUUUCCGAGCCACCACAGUUUCCCGCCGAAAUCUUUCGUGUCGGUAUCAAACCCCCCGUUUUCUGCAAGGAACAGCCAGAUCUCUAUUUUAUACAAAUGGAAUCACAGUUCGCUGUAGCAAAAAUCAUGACCGACCAAACGAAAUACAACCACUUUAUUUCAUCGCUCGAAGUCCAGUACCUAAUAGCAGCUGGCGACAUCGUCCGCAAUCCUCCAGAGACAGGCAAGUACGAAGCCGUAAAAGCCGCAUUAAUUUCGGAAUUCACCGACUCGGAUCAAAAAAAGUUACGCAGACUUGUAAAAGAAAUUGAAUUAGGUGACCUUAAACCGUCUCAGCUUUUAAAGCGUAUGAAAGAGCUGGCGAGCGGCAGGAUAAAUGAUGACGUAUUAAAAUCACUAUGGAUCGAACGUCUCCCUGACUCGAUACGCUCCGUUAUCACUAUCGUCGACGGCGAUUCAACGCAAAUGGCAUUGCAAGCUGACCGUAUGAUCGAGAUGCAGAGUUUUCCAGGCGUAUCAGCAGUACAAAGCAGCACGCAGUCGUUUGCCGCAGAAAUUGAUGCUCUACGAAAGGAAAUCGCCGAACUAAAGGUUAGAAGACCCAACCAUAGACGCCCUUGCGAUCGAAGUCGAAACCGCAGCCAGAGUAAAGCACGCUUUCCGUUCUGCCGAUAUCACUACAGAUUCGGUGAUAAGGCUAAAAAAUGCAUCGAGCCGUGUCAGUUUAAAAAGCUCUCGUCAACCGCCACGGAAAACUAA